UUGCCAUGCACAGUUGUUGCUUACCUCUACGAGCUGAUUUCACAUUGUACAAAACUGUAGCGAUCACGUUUGGAGUCUGUAGAGUUUUGAGAGAGUCGUAAAGGAUGAAAGUGGUGGCGUUGAUAAGUGGGGGCAAGGACAGCUGCUACAACAUGAUGCAGUGUGUUGCUGCUGGGCACCGGAUCGUAGCUCUUGCCAACCUACGUCCUGCUCACACAGAUGAGUUGGACAGUUACAUGUACCAAACAGUGGGCCACCAGGCCAUAGAGCUGUACUCUGAAGCCAUGGAUCUACCCCUGUAUAGACGCACAAUUGAGGGCUCCAGCCUGGACACCGGCAGAGACUACACUGAGACGGCGGGGGAUGAGGUGGAAGACCUGUAUCAGCUGCUGCACCAUGUCAAGGAAAAGGAGGGUGUUGAGGCAGUGUCUGUGGGGGCCAUUCUCUCCGAUUACCAGAGGGUCCGGGUGGAAAAUGUAUGUUUGCGGCUAGGUUUGCUGCCCCUGGCCUACCUGUGGCGCCGAGACCAGGAGUCCCUUCUCUCCGAGAUGAUAUCAUCUGACCUCCAUGCCAUUCUCAUCAAAGUUGCUGCCUUCGGCCUGGAUCCAGAGAAGCACUUGGGGAAACCUCUGGCUGACAUGGAGCCCUAUCUGAAACAGCUCUCCCAGAAGUAUGGUGUCCACAUUUGUGGAGAAGGAGGUGAAUAUGAAACGUUCACCCUCGAUUGCCCCCUCUUCAAAAAGAAGAUUGUUAUUGAUGCAGAGGAGACGGUGAUCCACUCAGCAGAUGCCUUUGCUCCAGUUGGCUACCUGCGCUUCACCAAGAUGCACACCAUGAACAAAGCCAGCGAUGUGGUGGCGAGAGCUUUGCCCCAUGGUAGUUGUCCUUGCCAGAGCGCCAUUGACAAGAUGACUGAGGAGGUGGAAUAUGCUGAUCAAGCUGAAGACAACCACCAAGAAUUUACAUCAGAUUGUGACCUUAGUUGUCAGCAGGGCCACGGUCUCCCUCCAUCCUGCUCACCAAGAAGCACCAGAGGCUAUCAGUGGAUCUCUGGGAUCAACGGGCUUCAGAGCCAAGACCCUGGUAUCCAGGGCCAGACAUCCACAGCUUUCAUACAGUUGCAAAGUGAGUUAGACAGCAGAGGCUGGAAGAUGAAAAACAUUAUCCUGGUCCACCUGUAUGUGAGGAGUAUGGAAGACUUUGGUCCACUCAACACAGUCUACAAGAAACAUUUUGGCAUAAACCCUCCAGCCAGGGUGUGUGUCCAGGCUGCUCUACCUGCUGGUCAGCUGUUGCAGAUGGACUGUCUGCUGCAUGACUGGACCGAGCCCCUGGAGGAUGGCUGCUUCCACCAGAAAGAGGCUCUGCAUGUCCAGAGCCUGUCCCACUGGGCCCCAGCCAACAUUGGGCCCUACAGUCAGGCCCUCAGGGUUGAUGAUUCGGUGUUCUGUGCAGGCCAGAUUGCUUUGGUCCCCUGUACCAUGCAGUUGGUGAAGGCUGGCACCAGGACACAGGCUCACUUGUCUUUUGGCUAUGUAAAGAAGGUUCUGGAGGCUGUAAUCAACCGCCUGACUCUGGCUCAUGUUGUCCAGGCCCACUGCUACACCACAAGACAGCAAGACAUCCCUAUCAUCAGGGCCGUCUGGGAGGACAUGCUAAAGGCUGCAGAGGAAGAGAAGGAUGUGAUUUUGGAGCCCGAGAUCAAACCUGCUCCAUUACUGGUCGUCGUGGUACCUGCUUUACCCAGGGGUGCUGCUGUUGAGCUCCAUGUAACUGCUAUCCAGGAUGACCCCAGCAAUAGGACUUCCUGUCACAUGACUACAAAGGUGGCAUGUGGAUCCAUAGAGUGCCACACUGUAAUGACCGCUGACAACUGUAGUGCUUCGCUCUCCCUUUGGCUGACUGUGCCCGACCCUGCCUGCGAGGUCACUGCUGAUGCGAAGGAUGUUACAGAAGCCAUUGGUAUUACAAUAAAAAAAACCAUGAAGAAGAUGGAUGGUGAGCUGGUGCCACUGUGUGCCAGGGUGUUCUACAAGCACAACCACUCACUGGCACAGGACAUCAUUAAAGGACUUGAAGAAAGUUUGAAAAGCUCGCUACAAGAGUCCAGUCCGUCCGUGGCCUUGGUUCCAGUCCUGAACUUGCCUGACUCCCAGAUCCUCCACCUGUCCUGCUGGCUCAGUUUAUAGAAACACAGCCAGAAUCAACAACCAGACUCCAGUCAUCCACAGCACUGGAAUUCAGUGGGGCUUUUCUGGAGGCGCGGCUCUGACAGCCCAACACCUAAUGACUUACAACAGGACAGCAGUGAAUGCGGAACAGAAGAACUGCAUAGCUGCUUAUUAAUGUUGACUGUUCAUCACUGCUGAUUGUUGAAAUGCAAAGCUCUGUGUGUCUCCAAGUUGAUUUGAUGACGUGCCAUUUUGAGGAUGUGUUUAUUCCUCUUCAUACCUCAGAAGUUGGGCCGAUAAUCCACUUUGUCCUACACUAGAGUUGUAUACUACUGCAGCUGUUAUUCUGCCUCAGAGACAAGUCGUAUGGAACUUCUAUAACUUAAAGCUGCAUACCAAAAGACUGGAGACCAUAGUCUACAAAAGGAGACACCAGCAGUGUCUCAUUCCAUGAAGCGAUAAACUGUAACCCCUGAUAUCCCACUGUUUCUGCUGGAAUUUCUCUUAGUACGCUAGCUAACACCCCUCAUAAAGGCCCAGCUCCAGCACUGACACCAUCUGUUCAGUUGUAAAGCUAUAGAUUUACUGUGUGACUGGUUUGUGGCUGUUUUUAAUGUGUGCGGAUGAGGUGACUGUGUCUCCCUCUCAUGCUCCACGGGAUUCAAGGUGUGUUAUUAUUGUGUAAUAGGCAAUCAGCACCGAGCACCUGAAAAGAUUAAGCCUCUUUAUGUUUUCUAUUGAUUCUAAGGCCGGCUGGUUAAUAGGAGAGGGAUGCUACCACACACAGCUGCAGGGUAGGAAUGUGUGUGUGUGUGUGUGAGUUUGAGUGUGUGCUGGGGAUGUCAAUGGACACAGUGUGAUGAUGUGGGAAGAAAAUAACACUAUUAACCAUUGCUCCUGGAACAUUUCUUUUCUCAAAGAUCAUGAACCGUAUUGAUGAUCUGAGUUGGAAUGCAUCUUCACUCCAGUUAUUCUCUUCAUCGCGGCUGUGAUGGCGGGAGAGUGGAGUGGGCUAUUGAUCUUCACCCACCGCAAUGUUGUUUUGAUUGUUGUUAUCAAAAAUUGAACAAUAGAGGCAGCCAGUAGAGCCUGAAGAUUUUUAUUGAGAGUUGAAAAACACAAACAAGCCAUUAUUUAUGAGAGUGAGCAAGCCAAUGCCCCAUAAAUAUACAGUGUGUGUUAAUGUUCACCUGGUUUGUUUUAAAGGGCCUCACCAGCAGGAGAUUUACAACGUCUGAAUAAUGCAUGCAUGAUCAUUUUUACAAAGAUACUUUUUAUUAUGUACAGUAUACCUCUGUUAAGUGAACAUCCAAAUAUUUCACUGAAAAUGUUUGAUUGCAUUUCAGUGUUUUCAACAGUAACUGUUUUGAAAUAAAUAGCCCACUUUCAGCAGAGGGCACUCCUCUAAGAAUGGUUUCUUUGUCAGUUUUCUUAACUUUCUUAAUAUGUUUACCAGUCUGAAUGUCAAGCUGAGCAAACUCUCUGUUGAACAAACUUGCAUGUUCAGGGGUAUUACUUGAUAGGGGUUUUAAAAUGUUUUUUGUUCAAACUGAGCAAUUAUAUUUAAGGCACAACUUUUUCAAUUAUAUACAAAUACUAAAAAGCAGUAGAUCCCGUGACAUUUAAAACACACAUUUUAGUAACAACCUUUCAGUUUAGCUCUUCUUUUUUGGACUCCACUUAUAGAAGUGUUAGAUUUACUUAACUUUGAUAUUUAAAUUCCAAAGUUGCAAAAUGUCUAUUCAUUGACUUUUGAAUCAUGUGCUUUUCUCCAUAGUGAGACAACGACAAGUUAAGUUACAAGAAAUCCAUGUGUAACAAAACCUAAAAAUACAAGACUCUGCAUUUCAGUAAACACAAAGGAGCUCAGCCACUACAAUUUACUGCAUGGCGACCACUUGUCGAUCACAGCUAUAAACAUAACAUUCUGUCUUUCAGCAGGCAUGUUUUCAUACAGACACAGGCAAAGCCACAAGUAUAUAUCAACACAUCCUCAUCAUAGCCAGUGAGAUGUCCUAUGGCACACAUUUCUUUGUGUCCUUACCGCUAUGUUUCCUAACAAAAUGAAUAAAGACAGGGUGACAUUUAGUUUUUUUUCAUGUGUUUUGUCAAAUGUACAUUUUCUACCAAGCUGACCUGCAACCAUUCUACAUUGGCUGUUGUAGCCAAUAUUGUCCUUGGUGUGCAGUGUACCAGCCUGCGGCCCUUGUCAUUGUGGCCUUGCACAUGGACUUUAACUGUGUGUUUCUUCCUCCAGGCUAGCCAGGCCAAUGUGUAUGACUCUCUUUCCCCAUAGCAGUGGGCUACAGUAGGGGAGCUCAGUUCAGAAGCAACUUCACUGCACGAGACGCCUGCUGACAUUGUGGUCUGUUUGCCUCAGUGACUGUGGUUUUGUUUGUUUUCAUGUUUGAAUCCUUUUUGUUUCAUAAUAUAUAGUUUUGUUCCCCUGACGCAUUGUGAAAGCCUGUCUUUAUGGUCUCAGAACUGACUUAAUGAAACGUUCUAUCUGCUGAACUGGGAGGUAAUCACAGAUCACACAAUCACAACCACAGCUAUUGAGUGGUGUGUGCUGCCCUCUUCUGGUCAACAUAAACAUUGCAAUUUAAAACUAACUAUUUCACCCCAUAUCCUGUUGCAA